AUGUGGUAUCUAAGGGUUUCUCCUCUUUACAACCACGAGGUGACAUUAUUAUUAAGUAACCGAUGGAGGAUAUCCCAUACUUGGCCUGGCUGUCGAAACUAUGCUAUCACUGAAAUGAAUGUCCCUCCUCCGUGUGAUAGGGAGGGCCACCGUUGGCCUACUUCUGAAUAUCCCUCGCCAUAUGAAGUGUUAGGUCUGCAAAAAGGUUUAAUAAGUUUUGAUAAAUUAAAGAAACAGUAUCAUAGGUUGGCCAAGUUGUAUCACCCCGAUAUCUCAGAAAAUGUUGUGAUAUUUAGCAAGUCGCAGGGAACAUCGGCAGGGAAAGUUCCCUCUUCCCAGUUAAUACCACUAGACAAGAAUGAGAAGCUCUAUCGUUUUAAGUUAAUAAAUGAGGCUUAUGCGUUGCUAUCAGACCGUUCUCGUAAAGAAAUGUAUGAUGUGUAUAAAACCGGUUGGGAAUAUGGUCCCAAAAGGCCACCUAUGACUAUGACGCAUCAAACUUACCAUGGCAAUCCUACCUACUACAAUGCAGGCACGUGGCAAGAUUUUUCAGAUCAAAGUAACAAUGAACCUGCACCAAAAAUUUCUCCUUGGUCUGUGCUGCUUUGGAUUGGUGCACUUGCUAUCUGUAUAGAGGCAACGGCAUUUUUGAGCAAGCUUGAAGAUGGCUUACACAAGCGGUAUUUCACCCAAGACGAAACAGAACGCGAUUUGGCCCUUGCACAGCUUAACUAUGGCCUAAAUACUGACAAAUGGUCUCGCUUACGGCGAUUUCUCUGGUUCAGAACCUGGGGUUUAUACAGGGACCAAGCAGAUUUGGACCGCCAGGCCGUGGAGAACGAAAAACUUUUAAAAAAACUACAGGAAAAGACUUGA